GAGGUCAGGAUCGUUGGAAAGCUCAGGCAUAAAAACCUUGUCAAGCUCGUCGGCUGGUGCCAUGGAGGGAGGGAGCUGCUACUUGUUUAUGAAUUGAUGCCGAAUGCAAGCCUUGACAAGCAUCUCCAUAGCUCCACCAAUCAUGUGCUUUCGUGGACAGACAGGUACAAGAUCUCGCUCGGGUUGGGAUCUGCGAUACUGUACCUCCACCAAGAGUGGGAACAGUGUGUGCUGCACAGGGAUAUAAAACCCAGCAAUGUUAUGCUUGAUGCAGAAUUCGGUGCCAAACUUGGGGAUUUCGGCCUCGCCAGGCUAGUUGAAAAAGGGCGAAGAUCCCUUACAACCGCUCUUGCGGGAACUAUGGGCUAUAUUGACCCAGAGUGCGCCUACACUGGAAGGACCAACACCAUGUCAGACGUGUACAGUUUUGGUGUGGUACUCCUCGAGAUAGCCAGCGGCAGGAAGCCUGGAGUUGUAGAUGCGCAGGAAGAAUACGCAAUCCCCUUGGCCCAGUGGGUCUGGGAAAGGUACGACAGCGGGAUUUUUAUGGACGCCAUAGAUGAACGUAUGAGAGGGAAGUUCGAUGAUCAAGAGGCGGAAAGAAUGCUGAUCGUUGGUCUCUCAUGUUGCCAGCUCAAUAGCAGUCUGAGACCAUCUAUUAGAGAGGCAGUUAGCGUGCUGCUGUUUGAGUCUCCACUUCCUGUCCUCCCUGCAAGGAUACCAGUGGCAGUUCACAUGCCGAUGGUUGGCACUUCGGCUGCAACUGGUAGCAGCGGGGACAGCAUUGCCACAUCUAAGGAACUGGAUGGCCCUGAAUGCAUGUAGCCUUCGAACUGUCCAAUCACAUGACGAAUUGUAUGGACUGAGUGCGCAACUGCAGAGCCGAGCAAAUUUGCUGGAGUAUGUUCCGGUGACAAAGGUAGACAGAACGCUUCAUCAGCAAGGAACAUCAUACGUUUAGGAUAGGCAGACAUUACAAAAAGUUAAUUGUAUAUGUAAUAUGAGAGUAGUCCAGCACAUCUUUUGUGAUCGACUGUUUGUUUGAUGCCUGUCUAAAAUGCAUGCGGCUGUGGUAGCAUAGUAAUUCUUGUAAGUUAGUCUAUACUUUAACACCAACGCAUUGGAUCACACUCUGUAUCGUGGAUGGCAAUUGAUAGCUAUAUCAGGGAUGAGUAAGAAAGGCACCUCUUUCAAUAU